GCCACCGCUCCUCUUCCCACCUCUACUCUCUGCCUUCGCGUCUGCAGUCUCCCAUCCGGCCUGCAGCAUCGCGCCUUGCUCAUCUCAAGUUAAUCAUCAUGGCAGACCUGCCGCCUCCGUCAUCUCAAGAGAGUCACUACUUCGAGCAGCAUCAGAUAUCCAUCGGGAAAGAAAACUUCCAGUCUUCGCCUCCCAGACCGCAGAGCAGAGCUUCCGAUGUUCACAGCACCCAGCGAAUCAAGGCACUGCCGACCAUCACUCCGCGCCGAUUCAAGAAGUUUUUCCAACCGCAAAAGUCGGUCUCGUCCAGGCACAGUCGCACGAGUCGAGCUGGCCGACAAUUGCGAGACAUCACCAAGAAUGGAGUCAAUCGCAGGGCCGCAGGCGAACUCAAAGUCGACGACUUCCUGGGCGAGUCGGGUUUCGAUUCGACAAGACCGCUGAAGCGUCGGAAGUUCUCAAUCGAUGUGGGUAGUUCGCCGCUGCAAUCUUCGCCACUUCGACACGGGCAAACAGUCGAACCCAUAGACAUCUUCGAUGACGAGCUUUCCGAGGCAGAGACAUUGCCCGAUCUGAUGCAGCAUCUCCAACCAUUUCCAAAGCCAAUACAACGACUGCGCCGAACUGGCCCUUCCCGACGUAUCAUGGAGCGAAGUUUUGGUGGCUACACGGCGACAUCGCGAGGCUUCCGAGGCGUCGAUCAUGCUGGGGACUGGCGAGCAGAGACUUCCGGCUUCGUGACGACUCCCAAGGACUCUCGUGUCUUUCGUGGGUCCGCUUUGCCGUUCUGUACCGUCGCAUGCAACACAAACCCGCUCGUCGCGGUAGGCGAUGAAGAAGGCUCGGUGCAUCUACUGGACUCAUCGGAGAGUUCCGACUUCAGCAAGACGCAUGUCAAGUUCAAGGUGCACAGCAACGCUGUCAUGGACAUUGCCUUCAGCUCUGACGACUACAUUCUGGCAACAGCGAGUGGUGACCAAACGGCUCGCGUGGUGGACAUGCAAUCACAGCGGACCAUCUGCAUCUUGACAGGACACAAGAGCAGCGUCAAGCAAGUCCGCUUCCAGCCCAACGACGACAACAUGAUUACUACGAGCUCUCGCGAUGGUACUAUUCAACUCUGGGAUCUCCGCUGCGGCAGCAAAUCUGCAGUACAGAACUUCCGAACAUCUCUUAAGACUCGCAGCGGCGGCACUUCUCCCGAGACACGUUUCGGAAAGUCUCUUGAUGUUGGCUAUGGACACAUGUCUGACAAGCGGCCAUACAACAUUGAGAACAGAGACGAGCUAUCAAUCACCUCGUUCCACCACCUGCCAAAUGGAAGGGAGCACUUGGUGGUUACCUCUAGCGAAGUGGAUGCAUCAGUCAAGCUGUGGGAUCUCCGCAAUGCCGGAAUGUCUUGUCGCAAGGCACCGGUCCCUCUAUCAAGCACUUCCGUGCCAGCCGUGCACAAUAGCAAGCGCAACUUUGGCAUCAACUCUAUGGCGCUAUCGGGCGAUGGCAGCAGACUGUACACUGUCUGCAGAGACUGGACUGUCUAUGCGUACUCAAUGAAUCAAAUCGUCCUUGGCAAUGCACCCGAGAUGUCGACUGGACCCAGUAGACGCCGCAUGCUGAAGCAGCCGAUGUCUGGGAUGGGACCACUGUAUGGCUUCAAGCAUCCACAGUUGCGCCUGGCUACUUUCUACAUCAAAGCGGCAUUGCGACCUGCAGCGGGUGACAAGGGCGAAAUGCUCGCAAUCGGAAGCUCCAACCAUUGCCCAGUCUUAUUCCCGACCGACGAGCGCCAUGUGCCUCGUCCUGAGCGCCCAUCGCAAGAACAGGACGAUGACGAUGACGACGAGCUCUUCGUAGCACCGAAGUCUUCGCAGCGCUCGUCAGCUUCAGCCACCGCAGCCUCGGACCUGCCGAUUCACAACCGUGGGACGGCCUUGAUCGGAGGACACCAUAAGGAAGUAACAUCAGUAGCCUGGACGACAGAAGGUAACCUUAUAUCAGUCGGCGACGACUACUCAGCCCGCUGCUGGCGUGAGAAUGCAACGAUGGCUCGCCAGCUGAGGAUGAAAGGCGACUUUGGCGGUGAGAGAUGGAGAAUGGGUUGGGCUGAUGUGGAUGCCGUGUAUGACCAGGAGGAGUGUUGAGAAACAUUAGCAUUAUGAUGGCAAGGCAUUGGAAGCGAAAGCGUAGCGAGGCAUUUUUCGAGCGAGCGACCUGCAAGGAACAGCUGUACAUUGUAUGAAUUAUGAGCGGGAUACAGGGUCUAGAAGCGGCAUUGAUGCCAGCGUGAUAAGCACAGAAGAAUACAAUGGAUCUUCAGAGGACAGGGAUAACAGCAUUGCAUA